AUGAAUGGAUGCCGGCAAGCGGGCGAAAAGUGCGUUUACCUGCCCACGUGCAGGCCCAAUAAGGCCGAUCUUGCUCAGAAGCUCGACACUUUGCAACAACGUUUGGAAAAGGCGGAGGCGUAUAUCCGGAAAAUGGACAACGAAGCCAAUUGCACCAAGAAUACGAGUACAGUGCCGCCGCCGUACUUCAGCCCGCCACCCACCAUGAGCCCCUCGUCGACACCGCGGCUACCCCUCCAGAUGCCGCCCUUCGAGACGCCACCGACCCCAACGAGCUUCACACCCGGGCUCUAUUACCCAGAGCCGAGGAUCAAAUGGCCCGAGCUCCUGGGCAACGACUUCCUUUAUACGCCGCUCCUCGACUCGCAGAUGCCACCGGGCGGGUUGGAUGGGGUGCGGCUGGACGACCAUGUGGACGGCACGGAACCGUCGGACCAUGCGCGGAGAACAUCGGGCAUCUCUAUCCCCAGCCUACGGGAGAUCCGGGAAUUAAGUUCGACAUUUUACGCCACUGAUAGGGUAGGGAGGGUGUGUGAUAGCUGCAACGCCGCGACGGCCGAGUUGGAAGCGUAUUGCAUGACGGCGUUUAGCGCGCAUUCCGACAUUGCCGGCAUAUCACUUGCGCUGGCCGAGUAUCUGUCGUGGAUGCGCAAGGGCGCCAACCUGAAAACGGACAACAUUGCGAGCAUGCUCGAGACGCUCGAGUUCCGCGCUCGCGAGGUGCACGAGAUAGCCGAGGCGAGACCAUGGGCGGCGUGGAGGAAUAUGGUAGUGGCACUGAAGCCUCUGGGGCGCGCGGCAGCCCGGCUCGCCGAGCUCGAGGAGGAUCUCGGCAGACAGUCGGCCCAGGCCGGGCACUUCUUCCAGACCGAGUACGACAUACGCUUGACGCUCGCCGAUCAACGCAGGUCACCCACAGGAGGGAUGGAGCCGGGCACGCCGCUUGCUGCACCGUCAUCGGAUGCAUCGGGUAGCCAGAUGGACAACAGCUAG